CACGAGAAACAACAACUGUUUUUGUUGUCUGAUCUCAAGCAGAGUAUCUUCCAGUUGGGGUAUAAGCUUGAAAUUUAUUAAUUUGCUGGCUGCUACAGAUAUCACUAAGCUGCCUGUAUAUCGUGUGGAAAUCAGGCGGGGGUAUAUCGACUAAGUCUGGUGAUUUUUUUGUUGCCCAUAAGGUGUUUGAUAGAAUGCCUAUGUGACAAACUCCUUGUGGUUUAACUUAUCUCUGAUUUCUCAUUUUUUCUUAUAAUUUUGAAGAGAUGGGAAAAGCUUCUCGGGACAAAAGAGUAUGUAUUCAUUCAAUAUUCCCCAAUGGCGCCAUAAUAAGAAUAUCAAGCUCGCUUGUUGUUUUUGUGGUGCAGGAUAUAUACUAUAGAAAAGCCAAAGAAGAAGGAUGGCGUGCGAGAAGUGCGUUUAAGCUUCUUCAGAUUGAUGAGGCAUUCAACAUUUUCCAAGGUGUGAAGAGAGUUGUAGAUUUAUGUGCUGCACCUGGUAGCUGGAGUCAGGUUUUGAGUCGUCAAUUGUAUCUUCCAGCAAAGUCCUCAGCUGAGUCAAAAGAAGGAGAUGUUCCUCUUAUAGUGGCCAUAGAUUUGCAGCCUAUGUCUCCAAUCGAAGGUGUCAUCCAGGUUCAAGGGGACAUUACUAAUGCUCGUACUGCCCAACUCGUUAUUAGACACUUUGACGGUAGCAAAGCAGACUUGGUUGUUUGUGAUGGUGCUCCAGAUGUUACCGGUUUGCAUGACAUGGAUGAAUUUGUCCAGUCCCAGCUCAUACUAGCUGGCUUAACAAUUGUAACACAUGUUCUUAGAGAAGGUGGGAAAUUCAUUGCGAAGAUAUUCCGCGGAAAAGAUACAAGUCUCUUGUAUUCUCAGCUCAAGUUGUUUUUCCCAACUGUAACCUUUGCAAAACCGAAAAGCAGCCGCAAUUCUAGCAUAGAGGCUUUUGCAGUCUGCGAAAAUUACUCUCCACCAGAAGUAUUUCACCCAAGAGAUCUGCAUCGUCUCUUGGAGAAAGUGGGCAGCCCUUCAGGUGGAAGCCAUCUCGAUUGCAGUAGUGGUUGGCUUGAAGGACCCAACAAAGUUUAUAUUCCAUUCUUGGCAUGUGGUGACUUAACCGGUUAUGACUCAGACCGGUCUUACCCACUCCCAAAAGAAGCAGAUGGAUCGUCAUACCAGAGUUUGGACCCGGUUCAGCCUCCGAUCGCACCACCUUACAAACGAGCUUUAGAGCUCAAGAAAGCUUCAGCACAAAGCAUCCGAGACGCAUGAGGUAAUAAAAAUAUAAACUAUGAAAAAGCUUUUCAUUGGAUUCUUUAAAAGAGGCUUUAGUUAAUGUGUCCCCUGCUGCUACAGUUCCUGAAACCCUUAAUAUUUUGUUAUGAUGAGUUUAUAUAUCUUUUUUAGAAAAAGAUUUAAUAUACUUUAUUAUCUAAUUGGGAAUUUUAAAUUAAAAAUAUUUGUUAUUUAUUUAUUAACCUUUUGUUAUGAAGACAAAAUAUUGGGUCAAUAAAGAAGGAAGCUUUCUCUGUUUCA